GGUUUUGGCUUAGGCUUUGGCUUUGGCUCGGUGCAAGAAAGGACACGCCGGGCUGCUGCGAGCGAGCCAUGGGAGAAGAGGAGACGAGAGGAGCGGGAUCGCUAGCUCAGUCUGAGAAAGGGGAGGAAAGAAAAGUAGGACAAUCUGCUGCAACAGGGGCCGAGGAGGGAGUCAGGGAAGCAGAGGAGGGCGCCAAGGAAGCAGGACAAGCGACGGCAGCAGAGGGCGAGCACGGCAAGAGACCGCUCGAGAUGAGGGCACUGCCGCUGUCGGGCCUCAUCGGCAUUGUCAAGCCGCCAUGCAUGACAUCGAUGGUCGUCCUCGACACGCUCAAGCCGCUGCUCGCCUCGUCGCGCCUCUUCCAGCUGCCGCCUCCGCCGCCCGACGAGGGCUCCGUCUCGCGCAAGCGCAAGCGCCGCGACGCCCACAUGCGCGCAAAGGGCAUGGACCUCGACGUGCGCUGUCCCAAAGUCGGCCAGGGCGGCACCCUGGACCCGCUCGCCGAGGGCGUCCUCGUCGUGGGCAUCGGUGCAGCCACCAAGAAGCUCAGCCAGUUCCUCGAGUGCACCAAGGACUACCGCGCCAUCGGGCUGCUGGGCACUACGACGGCGUCGUACGACUCCGACGAGCCCGUGCUCGCACGCCGGCCGCACGCGCACGUCACCAAGCACACCAUCGAGGAGGCCCUGGAACGUUUCCGGGGUGCACAGAAGCAGCUGCCGCCGCUGUACAGCGCGAUCCGCAUCGACGGCAAGCGCCUCUUUGACUAUGCGCGCGAGGGAAAGGACCCGCCGCGCAAGGUGGAGCCGCGCGACGUGACCAUCUCCAGCCUCACCCUCACCCGUUUCAUGGACGCCGGCACGCACGAGUACAGAGAGCCGGCACAGGAGUGCUCGGCCGAGGAAAAGGCGCUGGCCGAGCGUGCCCGGCGCAUGGCUGGCCUCGACGAGGGCGUCACGGGGGCGACAAGACAGGGAGGAGAAGAGGCCGGCAAGGGCGAGUCAGAGGCAGGCAGCGCACCGGCGGCCUUUGAGAUCGACAUGAGCGUCUCGUCGGGCACCUAUGUCAGGUCCGUGGUGCACGACGUCGGCCAGGCAUGCGGCUCGGCCGCCCACGUCGUCAAGCUCGUCCGCACCCGCCAGGGCGCCUGGGUGACGCCUGGGCACGUGACCGGCGACGACUGCCGCGUCGCACUCGACUUUGCCCUCUUUGACCAGGCCGCCAAGCGGCUGGCGGCGGCAAAGCAGCAACAGCGGCGGCAGCAGGGCGGCGAGGAGCCACUAGAAGACGGCGACGAGGGGGAGCCCCUCGACGAGCAGGGCCUGGCAGCAUGGGAGCGCGCGCUCGUGGACAGGAUGGAGGCUGUCUAAAGGAAAAGGCCCGCUGCUGCCCCAGGGGCGAGCAGAGCAUGCCCUUGAAGCUGUGCGAGACGCCUGGCACAAUGUCAAAGGUGACGUUGGAGAAUGCGGCCACGUGCUGCUGGUAUCGCCUGCUCCUCUCGAGCCGGUUGCGACCUGGCGGUCGAUUCAUCCCAUCGUUCAGCUGUCAGCCGUGUACUACUAUUCUCUAAUGCAACGAUGGUCAAUCUCACCCUGAGCCAUGGCCUCUGGCCGAUCAUCGCCCACGCCGUCGUCAAGCGCGCCAUUGAGCACGUGUAUCGUUCCCCGGCUCUCGAAGAACUCCAC